AUUUUGAAAAUAUGUGAUCAUCCACUUCUUUUGACAAAGAGAGCUGCUGAAGAUGUACUGGAAGGGAUGGAGUCAAGUCUAAACCAAGAAGACCGUGGCAUUGCUGCAAAAUUGGCAAUGCACAUAGCAGAUGUCAGGGAGAGAUUUGACUUUGUAGAAAAGCAUGACAAUGUCUCCUGCAAAAUAUCUUUUAUAUUAAAUUUACUGGAUGAUUUGAUUCCGAAGGGGCAUACUGAAUCCCUAAUUUCCAUCGGUUACUACUUCUUGCGUAUUGAUGGUACCACUAAAGCUGCUGAUAGAGUGAAGAUUGUUAAAGAUUUCCAAGAGGGUAUUGGAGCUCCUAUCUUUCUGUUGACUUCUCAAGUUGGUGGUCUCGGUCUUACACUAACAAAAGCAGAUCGUGUGAUAGUGGUUGAUCCAGCGUGGAACCCAAGUACUGAUAACCAAAGUGUUGACCGGGCAUAUCGUAUUGGUCAAAAUAAGGAUGUGCUUGUUUACAGAUUGAUGACCUGUGGUACAGUAGAAGAAAAGAUUUACAGAAAACAGAUAUUCAAGGGGGGAUUGUUCAAAACUGCAACCGAGCACAAAGAGCAAAUUCGGUAUUUCAGUCAACAGGAUCUUCGUGAACUUUUUAGUCUACCCAAGCAGGGCUUUGAUGUUUCCCCCACUCAGCAGCAACUGCAUGAAGAGCAUGAUCGACUUCACACAAUGAUUGAGUCCCUGAAAGGCCACAUAGACUUCCUAGAGACUCUGGGCAUAGCAGGUGUUAGUCACCAUAGUUUACUUUUCUCCAAGACGGCCCCUGUACCUGUCGCUCAGGAAGAUGAGGAAGUAAUAAGGGUGAAGGGGACUACAAUUGUGGGGAACUCAUCUGGUUCAAGCUCGUCACUUCAAUAUAAUGUUGAGGGUAGUGCGUACGCAUUCAAGCCAAAGGAUGUGAAAUUGCCCACAAAGAAUGCUUCCCCUAAUUGUGCAAGUGAACCAACAGAAACUGAAAUCAGGGAGAGAAUCAAGAGACUGUCCCAGAUUGUUGCAAACAAGAUUACAGUUACAAAGUUACCGGAUAAAGGAGAAAGAAUACAAAAGCAAAUUGCUGAAUUGAAUUUACAGUUAGAGCAGAUACGGACGGCAAAAAGAACUGAAAAAGAGAUCGUUCAUUUGGAUGAUAUAUCUGGAGACCUUCAGAGGGUGUUGAAUGUGUAGAUGUAGUAGUAGUAUAAUCUGAUGAUAAAUAGUUAUCUUUUCUCAGUUAAAAAGUGAAAAUAGGAAUCUUGUAAACUAUGAAGCAGGUGUGCUUCAAUCAGUACCACAAGAAUGCUUUUCUACAUCGGCAUCACCAGGUGUUCUCUCUGAUUGGACACUAUAAAAAUUGUAAUUGUGAUUUAAUUGAUUAAUAUUUCAUUUAAGUAGUUUUAGGGGUGACAAGGGUAACUUCUUUACAUGCCUCUCUAGCCUUACUCACUAUUGCAAGACAAUGUGACUGUAGUUCAAGCUUCACCGUCUUCUGUCAUCUUUAUGAAGCUACAAUUUUUAUGACAAUGUUUUUUUUUUGGAUGGAGUUGGCAAUCAAGAUUUUGCUUUAGGAUUGUCAAAUGGGUUGAAUCUUGAUUGGAUUUGUUUUGAUAUGAAUUUUGAUUGGAUUUUAAAACUCCAAUUCGAAU